AUGGUCACUAUCCUGCGUGCGAAAGAUGCUAACCGCCAACCCAUCAUCUAUGUAGUCGAACACAACACCGAAAACCCCAGCUCGACCAGCACAUCCCAGACCCGUCCCCGUCGCCCAGACCUGUCCACCUUUUUCGCCACCCUCUCCCAGAUCACGCCCAACCCGGGCGAGACCCGGACGCGGCAGCAUGCCGUCCCCGUGCCUGCAGAUGUCAGCGCCGCAUUUCGCACGCUGGCCGAAGCGUUCGAUAUCAUGAGACGAGAGAAUGAGAUUGGUGGUGGUGGCAGAGGCAGAGAAGGAGAAGAAGGACGAGGGGAGACGCUGAUCGACCAGAUGAUUGAAGCUCUUCUGCGAGAGGCAGAGUCGCCGCCGCGGGAGGUGGAGGGUGUGAGCGAGGAGUUUUGCGAUGCCCUCGACCGCAUCCCCACCAAAUCCCUCAAACCCGACCAAACCUGCCCGAUCUGCAACAACCCCUUCCUCGACGACCCCUACCCGCUCGUCGUCCGCCUACCGUGCCACCCGACGCAUCUGUUCGACCUCGAGUGCGUGCGGCCCUGGCUCCGCCUCCGGGGCACGUGUCCGCUCGACCGCGUCGACUUCGGCAAGCAGCAGCGCGAGAAGGAGCUCGAGAGGCGGCGGCAGUUGGAGAAGAGGAGGAGUAAUAAUAAGGAAGACGAAGAGGAGGAAGAGGAGUGGGAUGGGUUGUAUGCAUGA